CACUUGACCAUGGACUCUUCAUAUGCCCACGCACAAGCAAUGGGACCGUCACCUUUCUUCUACUACAAUCCUGAUCCGAAGCCGGACAACCGUCAGCAUGGGCAUUUCUCUCAGCAGCCAAGCAACAUUCAGGCACCAAUCUACCACCCACACAUGUACCAGAUGCCUUCGACGCCAAUCUACUCGAGGCCAAACUCAUCGUGCUCGCAAGCACCUAUGCAGCCCGUGUUCAGCACUAAUUAUGCUGCCAACAUGACACCACUAGCCUCUCCCCGGCCGAUGUACCAAAAGCCGACAAUUUUGAUCCAGGAACACGCACCACACUUGAUGAUGGAGUCCGAAGCUAACGACAUGUACUACUACCCGUCGACACCCCCUUUGUCUGCGUCUGGAAGUGCCAUCAGCAGCCCGACGAGCUGUGAUGUUUUGCCAACACCAUUGAACACCAGCUUCUGCGGCCUGAAGGGGUUUGAGGGGGUCAAGGAAGGUUGUGAGGGCGAAGUGCAGUCCGAGAACCUAGCUGGCAAUGAAUGGACUCGAUGCGGCUCCCCGCCAAUGACUCCAGUGUUCAUCCACCCAAAUUCGCUUAUGACAUUUGGAAGCGCUAAUGAUUUGCAACCUGCGACAUCCUGUCCCUCACUUGCAUCUCCCAGCCCUUCCCCUUAUCCGCGAUCUGUCAUCUCGGAACAAGACUUCGACUUCUGCGACCCGCGCAAUUUGACGGUCACUUCUGGCACCUCAGUUUCUUCAUCGAACACUGCCGCUCUUUCAUCCAAUCCAAUUUUGGCCAAGACUGCUGUCGAAUUUCCACCGCUCCCUACUCUCUGCGCCGGCGACGACGAAGAACACCGAUACAUGCUGGGAGGAGAAACAUACAACAACCAGGUGCCCGAGAUCCAAGACACAAACCAGAAUCAGAACCUCAGCUUCACUGCUCCAUCCCACCACGGACUCCCCACAUUCGACCAUUUGUCGGACCUCGACUCGGAGGAAGACUUUGUUAAUGGAUUGGUGAAUUUCCCAGCCACCGACAACGUCCAAUUCCUUGGCAGCAAGAGACAGCGCACCAACUCCGGCUCCGAUUUAGUCUCAAUUGACAACGGUCCCUUCAUCAGCGAGGACGAGUUCGAGGACUUUGAGGAAUUCGAGCACUUAGAGCAAUUUGCUGUCGCUUGUCUCCCUAGCCCACCCGCGUCCGGAUCAGAGACCGAAGUCAAGAAGGAAAAGAAGGAAAAGCGAUCCAAGAGAUCUAAGAAGGCUUGCCGUGACGACGACGAGGACAGCACAGAAUUCGACAACCUUGUCAGAUCCCGCAAAUACACCGUCCCAAUGGACUCCGCUUCUGGAGCUCCAGCUCAAGAGAGCACUGCUGAAGGUCAGCAAAACAACAGUGCUCCAAGCCAGUCGGGCUCCUCGGAACAACAUGCCACCAACAGUGUCAUGGGGUCCGAGUCUGGUGCCACUCCUACGCAAGCUCCUGUCAACCGCCGAGGCCGUAAACAAUCAUUGACCGAAGAUCCAUCUAAGACUUUCGUCUGCGAGAUCUGCAACCGUCGAUUCAGACGUCAAGAACACCUCAAGAGACACUACCGAUCCCUCCACACCGAAGACAAGCCAUUCGAAUGCCACGAGUGCGGGAAGAAAUUUUCUCGCAGUGACAACCUUGCCCAGCAUGCUCGUACCCACGGUAGUGGAGCCAUCGUUAUGGGCGUGUUGGAAGAGGGUGAACUCCCUUCGGAACAUAUGGAUUCUGGUGACGGCGAACACAUUCACAGCCUGGGUAGUGUUCUCUUCAACGUCGCUGCCGCUGCUUCUGGCAGUGACAGUGAACACUCCUCGGAAGGUGGAAGCAGUGGGACAGACAGCCAGUCCCGCAAGAAGCGCAAGCGCUCUGAAUAA